GGAUAAACGAGGCAGCCAAUUUCUUCCGAAUUCCGAGUCAAAGAGCUAUUCUUUCUUCACUCCCCAGAGAAUUAACAUAAAUCUUUUGUCAAAAACCGAACCCAAUCCUUGAAGUGCUACUUAUUAAUCGUGGUUGAUUCUUGUUCCCUAUCCUGUCUUAUUAUCUUUGUUUCAAGCCUAAAAAGAUUAGUAUGAUACUUUGACUAAACCUUUAUAGAGUUGCCUCCUGUUGUAACCUGUGCUGCGGAAAUGUCUCUACUUUGCUCCUCAUCUUAUAUAGCUCUCUUGCCACAGACCAAACGGUCGCGUCUGAGUGUUCUGAAACUCAAAACAUGUACCUUAAGUCUCUGUUCUUCCCUCGCCUACCCUCAUUAUACCACUGGUAUUAGGAAGCACGUCAGUUUCUUGUUCGCAGAACCGCAUAAGCUUCGUAGGCUAGCCAAGAGUCAGAUACUAGUUAGUCAGGAAUCUUUUACAGAGAACAGUACAAUAGAUAUUGAUUGGGAAGAUGAGGAGGACAUUGAGGAUACCGGAUCACCUUGGGAAGGUUCGGUUAUGUAUAGGAGAAAUGCGUCAGUCACACAUGUGGAAUAUUGCACUACCUUAGAGAGACUUGGGUUGGGAAGACUAUCAACCCAAGUCUCCAAGAAGAGAGCUUCCGCAAUGGGACUUAGAGUGACAAAAGAUGUAAAGGAUUAUCCAGAUGGCACACCGGUUCAAGUUUCGGUCGAUGUCAUAAGGAAGAAGAAGAAGCUUAGACUUGAUGGGAUUGUCAGGACUGUUAUCACACUCGGCUGCAACAGGUGUGGUGAGCCAGCAGGUGAGAGCAUCUUCUCUAACUUCUCGCUGUUACUAACCGAAGAGCCAGUAGAAGAACCCGAUGUCAUUGAUUUAGGAUUCACGUUCGGUAAAGACAAAGCCAAUUCCUUUUCUGGAUUGUCCAACGAUGAAGAAGAUAAUGCGGAUGAUGAUGAUGAUGACUCAUUGAUAGAUUGGGAGGAUAAGCUACAUUUUCCCCCUGAGGUGAAAGAAAUAGAUAUCUCAAAGCAUAUAAGAGACUUGGUGCAUUUAGAGAUCACCAUCAAUGCGAUAUGUGAUGCUGCGUGUAAAGGAAUGUGCUUGAAGUGCGGUGCAAAUCUGAAUAAGAGGAAAUGUGAUUGUGGCAGAGAAGAGAAGGAUAAAGGUUAUGGCCCUCUGGGAAACCUGAGAAAGCAAAUGCAAGAGAAAGAGGAACUGAGGAACUAAAUACAACAAUACACAUUGUCUGGAUUUUGAUUUUCUUCUCUCGGUUUACUGUCAUAAUACUCAGAUGUACGAAAAUGUUCAAAAGUGAAUCUUAAUA